UCCCUAUAACUUGAGGACAUUUAACAUAUGACUUUGGUGAAGAUUCGUGGUUCAAAAGUUGGAUAACUAUUACGAUGAAUAUCAUUAGAAACAGGAGGCGUUUCUUUGACUUGGGAUGCUCAUUUUGGAUUAAUAUGAAUGGAAAAUCAAGAAACCUAGUCCUAUUUCUGAGUUUUGGGGUAUUAUGUGGCUUAAUCGUCUUUUCCGUUUAUCCGUCGUGGAACAAUGUGGAGAGGAUUUUCAGGGAAAAAUCAUGUGAUAUUGAAACGACCUUAUACUAUUUAAGAAAAAAUAAAAGUAUAUUGGUCAAUAACUAUAACCAUUUGGUUGCUAAUGCUGUGCCCAUUGGUGGAUAUGAUUGGACAUUUACAAAAACGGUUCCCUGUGUUAUAAACUCCAGUUUAUUUAAUUUUACAAGAAGAGAACGAUAUCAGACCUUAAUAUCUUGUUCCAAUUCGACGAUAUCUGUUAAAAAGAGUUUGGUGAAUGAAAAAUCAGUCGACCAGAUUUUCGCUUUUCCCGAUGUUUGCCUCGGAAAGGUAAUUUCUUCCUUCUGUGGAGACGGCAAACCUGUACCUAACGUGAUUCACUACAUCUGGUUUGGAAACAUGACCUUUGAUUUUAUUUACUUUGUUAGUAUCUACAGUACACACAAAUAUCAGAAACCAUGUUUGAUUUUUCUAUAUUAUGAUCUUCUACCCUCGGGUUCUUGGUGGAAUUUUCUACGAAAGAUAGUGGAUAAUAUAGUGCUGGUGAAAAUGAUGCCACCAAUGAUGAUUUCUGGUAAAAGGAUUAAGUUUGUUCAACACAAAUCAGACAUCGUAAGACUAAAGAUAUUAAAAGAAUACGGGGGCAUAUAUGUAGACACGGACCAGUAUUUUUUGAGAUCUGAAGAUGAAUUCAGGACCACAAACUGUACAAUGGGGAUGGCACAUGAUAAGGCCAUGGGCAGUGCUUUGAUAUUUGCAAAAAAGGAUGCCUCAUUUAUCAACAAAUGGAUUGAUAGUUACAGUUUCUACGACCCGACCCAAUGGGGACUCAACUCGGUACUCAUGGCAACAAAGCUAUCCCAGAUGUAUCCUACUCUGCUUCGUGUGAUAUCUCAUCACUGUGUGUUCUUUCCACAUGGAUUGGUUUUGUUUAAUCAGAACUAUAAAUGGUCACACAGCUAUGGACUUCAUAUAUUCAAAACAGGCCGCAUUCAAGAGCUUAGAAAUUAUAACUUUCACACUAUACGAAAAAUAAACAACACAAUUGGAGCCAUGUUUAGAUAUAUCUUAUUUGACAAUAAGGAAUUGUGUUUCAAUUAGUAGAAAUUGUCAAUUAGGAAUUUUUAAUGAUGAAUAUACCUCUAGUGGUUUUUAUUUGAGUUGGAUUUUGUAGACUGAUUCCCUGCAAAACAGUGAGUUCGAUGAUCUGAUACACACUUGUUCUUGACACUUAUUUUUGUUAGCUAAAGGAAAAUUCCCGAAAUAUUCCGAAUCAAGGUACUGAAGAACUGACGGGAGUUGAUUUUGUCGAUGUUUAUUUAUUUUAAAAUCAAUGAUAUGUUAUUUUGUAUGACGAUUACAUGUAUUUUCUAAUUUGAAUUACGCA